AUUUUAUGCGUAUUGCGAUUUUAGCAUCAGUGAGAGGCAAAAAUACAUUGUUAUUGUACAUUUUGACAAUUAAAAUUUUGAGCGGAGUACUUUCGCGAGUCACGUGACAAGGGGCAGUCCUGCCAUCAAAACAAACAACGUUACUGCAUAUGAGUUUAUUAUUACUUCGCUGCGCUUGUUGUGUUUGUAGCUCAGGUCGUUUUACUUCUGUUAUUGAUUAGAAAGUGCAUUAGUAACGUUAGUGGAUUUAAUCUCCCUCAUCUAGAGCUCUGCUUUCACUCGACUGGAACAUGUCCAUGUCACAAGUUACGUGUUAUUUUGGGCUGCUGGAAGGGCAGGAGGAGGACAUUAAACCUCAAGCAGCAGUGGUCCGGCGGAACCUGUUUGGCCCAGUGGACCACCAGCAGUUACAGCAGGACUUUCAGAGGCUAUUCUGCAUGAACAUGGAAAUCGCCAAACAGCGCUGGAACUUUGACUUUCAGAUGGACCAACCAGUCCCCGGUCGCAUUGAGUGGGAGGAGCUGCGGUGCCAGGAUGUGCCAGUGUUCUACCAUAGCUGUGUGUUCAGGCCCGGGAUGGCAAAGCAAACGGUGGAGGCUUGUUCAUCUCCAGCUAUGGCCACAGAGAAAUAUCUGGAGCUGCGGACCAGAGGAGCUCUGAGGGGAACCAAACCAGAGAAGAAAAUGGCUGCAUUGCUAGGGGUCAAACGCAGACAAGCGAGCAUCACAGACUUUUUCAGAGUGACAAAACGAAGAUUUCCCGAUCGUAAAGCUUCAUCAGGACAGUAAACGGACAUUGGACCUUGUUUUGUAUAAAUGUACAUACACUAUCAGCACGUAGCUAUUCUAACUGACCAGCAAAUGCUAAAUAGGAUGUAUAUACUGUACAUACGCACACACAGAUACAUAUUAUAUACACACGUUUGUAUAUUUUUUUACUAAACGCAGUACCUAUUAAAGGAACCUAUUUUGUUGUCACAACAUGGAGUCACGAGAUUUAAGUAAAUGUUAAAAAGUCAAAUAUUCUGGUUUUAUAGUGCGUAUGAAUCAUUCAAAUCAAUUAAUUCCAGUAAAUGAAAGAGAAUUCACUCUUACAAAAUCAACUAAUACAAUUUAAAUUCAUGACUUAAUGAAAUGUUUUAUUGUUCCAUGUUGUUCCAUUAAAAAAAACUGUUAGGGAUGCACUAUAUAAUAAUAAUAGUGUGUUUCUUAUGUGUUUGUUGUGCACACAAACAAUUACUGUGAACGUUUACAGAAAUGCACUAUAAAAAGACUGUUUGGUCAUAAACUUUAAACUUCUCAGAUUCACAAUUCAAAAUGUAUUGAUCCUCUUAAAGGGUUAGUUACCCCAAAAAUGAAAAUUAGCUUGUGUUUUACUCGCACUCGAAUCAUCCCAGUCGCAGUUAUAUUAAAAAGUUAUCCUGGCUAUUCCAAGCAGUAUUGUUGUAGUCAGCGCGUGUUGCAGUUGCAGUUGAAUAGUCCACAUGUCGUCAAAUAAAUCUCGCGCAUUCGUAACUAAACGUGCCGCAGAUGGCUUCGGGGGAUGAAUAAAGGCCCCCUGUAUUCGCAUCUAUGUGUUUUUCUAAGAAAAUAUCCACAUUUCAACAUAUUUCAAUUCAGUAAUAAACACUUUUCUCUCACUUCUGUAAUCUGUCGUUCACAGAUCUGUUCUGGCGGAUGACACAGGCCGUAAUAUGCUCUUUGCGCAUGCCUCUGAGAUAUGCUGGUCUCGUAAGUUUGUUUAUAUGAGAAAAAGAGGCAAAGUUUCCUUACUUUAUAAAAGUAAAACCAGUCUCCUCUUGGCUUAUAUCAAAAUCCUCCAACAUAUUUCUUUACAAAUCCUCAUUUCUAAAUCAUAACCGGCAUUUUGUUUUGUUUUCUCUCCGAUUUCGUCACUAAUCACGCAACGCUGCCCAUUACGUUUAAAAUAUGGAUAUUUUUUCUUACAAAAACACAUGGAUUCGGUACAGGGGGGGCUUUAUUCAUCCAAAAGAGCCAUCUGCGGCACGUUUAGUUAUGAGCUUUAUUUGACAAAAUGUGGACUGUUCAACGGCGACUGCAACACCCGCUGACUACAACGAUAUAGCCUGGAAUAGCCAGGAUAAUUUUUUAUAUAACUCCGACUGGAUUUGUCUGAAAGAAGAAAGUCAUAUACAGCUAGGGUGCUUCGAGGGUGAGUAAAACACAAGUUUUGGGGUGAACUAACCCUUUAACUGGCAUCAGUGCACACAAUCUAUAAGCUAACAGUGUCAUACCAUUAUUCUGUUCCGCUUUUUAUUUAUUUUCCUGUUUUAUAUAUAUUACAAUAAAGGGAGACGCUUUAGUCUGGGGACCAAUUCUCACAAAUAACUAGUUGCAUGCAUAUCACUAGCAUAUUGUAUUGCAUGCACAUUAGUACUUAUAAAGCACAAAUGAAUGCCUUAUUCUGUAUUACUAUAUUUUAGGUGAGUUAAUCCUACCGCAUAUCUAAACCUAACAACUACCUUAAUAACUAUUAAUAAGCAGCAAAAUUUGGUCCCCAAACUAAAAUGUGACCCAAAAAGAGAUGUUUUUCAUGAAGCAUAUUAAAAUGGUUUGAAUUUACUCUAUUAUUCUAGAGUUAAUAGGAGGCAUAUGCUUUGAUAUCUUUGAAGUUUGUAACAAGAUUUUUAAUCAUCUUUGUAAAGGAUAUUGUAAGGAUUCGUCUUACACGUCUGGGGGAAAAUGUUAUAGGUUGACAAGCUACUUUUGUAUGUAUGUUAAGUUUGAAUCUUACUUUUAGUAUUAGCAUAUGAAUUGCAAGGACAUUUCAACCAAUCAUUUGUACAAUUUUUUUUUUUAUACUGUAUUUUGCUUUGUGCAUGUGAGAUAUAAUGUAUGAUUAUGUGGUGAAUUAGCCAUACAUUUUGUUUUCUUGAUAUUAAAGAGACAGCUGACGCAAUUAACCAAAGUAAUUGCUCCACAAUAAAUAGGAUGCUUAAAAGAAACUGUAUGUACAUUUUAAAAAAUUUUUUAUUAAGUCACUAAACCAAAACCACAUGCCGUUAAACUGCAGAAUUUGCUUCGAAUGUCAGUUUCAGCUUCUUUAGGAUAUACAGUAUAUGAGAGAGAUGUUUUUUCUUGCAUUCAUCGCAAAGACGCAUGCUAGAGAGUUGAUUCAGUGACUUCCUCUUAAAGUUGUAAUCUUUACAAAAUGUAUUCAUAGAAAUAAAUUAGUGCUCUACCUCAUCAAAUGAGAAGGACCUUCAUUUUUUACAAACAAAUGUAUAAAAAAACAAAUAUGCAAAAUGUAGCAUUUGUUUUGAUCAUGAAUGCACUUAUUAAGAUGAGAAGAACAGAAGAAUAGCAAGGAUGUAUCUUAUGCUUCACAAUAAGGUUUAUAUGAUGUGUGUACUGUUCUGUUUUUAGAAUAUCUUUAAAAAAACAGUUGCUUACCAUUCUUUUUUGGGGGAAGUGUAUCAAGUAUAUGAGCAAUUUAAAAUUGUAUUAUGCUCUACAUGUUGUCAUAAUCAUGACAUUACCCUACAGCUUCUGUUGCAGAUUUGUCAACCGUAUUCAAUUUUUUUGCAUGAUAUCUUGUGAGUUAGUAGCUAUGUGCAGUCCUAUAUCAUUGAAUGUUAAAACGUAAAUACUAGCUGACUUCAUAUUUUGAAUUAUGUACGUGUUUGCAGUAUGCAAAAAUCACCCAUAAAAUAUUUGUUCAAAGUCAUUUAUUUGGAAGUAUGUCUUCAUUUGAUUGUAGUAUAGAGCAUAUAUGUCAGAAAAUAAAUUUAACACGGUACCAACAUGCUUUAAAAAUAAAACAACCUGAAAGCUAUUUUGACAAGUGAUAUAUUUUAAGAAGUUUAUGCAAAACAUGCAAUGUGCUUUCAUUAAGGCUGUACAUAUUUCCUUACAUAUAAUCACUUCACAUUCAGUCUAAUUACCUAAACACAACAGAACUAUCUUUGAUUGUUCACACCUGCACCUCAGAUGACCCAUCUUUGAGUCCAUAGCAUUUUGUCUAUACUGUCCUAGGGAGCAUUCUAGUUGCAGUUAUAAUAAAAAUUACCCUGGCUAUUCCAAGCUAUAUCGUUGUAGUCAGCGGGUGUUGCAGUUGCAGUUGAAUAGUCCACAUGUCGUCAAAUAAAUCUUCGGGGGAUGAGUAAAGGCCCCCUGUAGCACAUCUGUGUUUUUGUAAGGAAAUAUCAAUAUUUCAACAUAUUCCAAAUCAGUACCUGAUUUUUAUUUUACUGGAGCACAACAAUCCAACUACAAAGACUGUAAUCUCUCUCUCAACAGGUCAAUGAUUUAAUUCUUAAAAUAUCUAAACAUUUCAGCUUUGGAAUUGGAACUAGUUUCCUAUCAAUUAUAUCUUUUUUUGAAGAUAGCUGGCUCCUCUUCUUCAAAAAGUAACAGGGAAACAAGGAUAUUUAAUUUAGGAUGCACAUGCAUGUUAAAGCUAUGCUUUUUAUCCCAAUUUUCCUUUUACUUUUGUAAAUUUGAUAAAAAAUAGCCCAUAAUUACAAGAUUCUUUAUAACACCCUUAAGGUCCUAUACAAGAAUUUCAAAGCAUGGGUCUUUAUGGAGGAUUUCAUUUUUAUAACAUUAGUUACGACAGACCAACAGUGAAAAGUAUUUCUAAAGCAUUUAUUAAUCUUAGUUAAUCUCAGUAUUUAAUGUUAGUAAAUGCACUGUGAACUAAAAUCAACACGUUUUGAUAGACAUCAAAGCUUUACAGCAUAAUCACUCAUCUUUAGUGUGACAUGAUCCUUGAGAUAUUAUUCUAAAAUGGCUCAAGAAAUAUUUCUUAGUGUUGUCAAUGUUGAAAACAGCUUAUUUUUAUUGUGCAGACUGAUACAUUUUUUAGGAAUCUUGGAUGUUUAGGAUUCAGUCAUUAAGUUCAUAAAUGGACUGGUUGUAUAAUGACAGCUUAGAUUGCUCCUUGCUUUGCUUCUUCUCAGAAAAAGAAAUGUUGCCACAAUCAAAGCAAGCAGAACAACAUGCAUAUUAACCUUAAGAAUUAUUACUUAAAAAAAAUAAAAAAAUACUAAUUCCAAUGUGUUUGUUGUUCCCGUUUAAUGUUAUGAAGAAAAGCAAUUAAGAUUGUAAAUGAAAGUAGUUCAUUUUCCCUCAAUUAUUGUGAACAUACAAAGAGUUCAUUUGCAAAAACAGAUAACCCUUCAUUUUCACAAAUCAUGUUUUUAUUGUGUUAGUUAGCUGUAUUUAUUUUUAGGGAUUAUUAAUCAAAACAACCAAACUGCAGUUUGAUUGAUAUUGAUUGGAAGACGAGAAAACUUUUAAAAACGUAGUUCUCUGUUUUUGCUAAUGAACUCUUUACAUAUAUCGUUACAUAGGUAACCGUAGUGGUUGAGAAUAAGUCGACGCAUGGAUGGUUGGGUGAUAGACUCUAAGCUGUUCAAUAAAGACAUGUUAUUCACCUGUAUUUAUUAUGACUAUAUACAAAUGUAGGAACAAUACAACACAUGUACAACAUUCAAACAAUAACUGUACAGGUUCCAAUAGUUUAAAUACAAACGUACAUUUGCUUAAUUGUAGUGUUAUAUUUAAAUAUACCAUUAUACACUUAGUGUGAAUUAAAAAAAAGUUGCACAUCGAAAUUACCACCCCAAAAACCUACAUGACGCUAUGAAUCAAGGUCCUCUGUUCAAGUAAUCAUUCAAUACACCAUUUAAUCAAGCUACAAUCAGCCCAAAUUAAGCUCAAGAGGGUCCUGCCCUCUACCAAUAAUUAAAAACUGGAAUUUAAAAACUC